ACAAGAGAAAGAGGAUCAACAAGGAGAAGGCGGAGAGGAGCGGAGCAGCGAUUUCCGAGGCAAAACACCGACUAAACUUACUCGCCGUCGCUUCGGCUUCUACUUUUUGGCCCUCUUUUGGCUUCGAAGACGGUUCCCGUUCGGGUUCGGUGAGUAAAUGUGCCUUUCCAGGGGCGGGAAAACGACCCGAAGUUGGCUUCUGCGCUCCUCCUGCGCUGAGAUCUGUGUGCUUUGGAAGCGGCUCUCGUGGCAUGACGACCACUAACAAGGGAAACAAAGCCUUGAAGGUGAAGCGGGAGCCGGGUGAGAAUGGCACGAGCCUCACGGACGACGAACUGGUGUCCAUGUCGGUGCGGGAGCUGAACCAGCAUCUGCGUGGCCUGUCAAAGGAGCAGAUCUUACAGCUGAAGCAGCGGCGGCGUACGCUGAAGAAUCGCGGCUAUGCCGCCAGCUGCCGCGUCAAGCGUGUCACGCAGAAGGAGGAGCUGGAGCGGCAGAAGGCCGAGCUGCAGCAGGAGGUGGAGAAGCUGGCUUCAGAGAACGCUAGCAUGAAGGUAGAGUUGGACGCCCUGCGCUCCAAGUACGAGGCGCUACAGAGCUUUGCCAGGACUGUGGCUCGAGGGCCCGUGGCGCCAGUCACCAACGCAGCAGUGCCCGUCUCCGCCCGCGGCCCGCUGGCCUCCGUCAUAGGGCCCCUCGUACCGGGAAAGGUGGGGGCCACCAGCGUCAUCACGAUAGUCAAGUCCAAAACAGACGCGAGGUCUUAGUACAGGCCAGGAUUGGGAGAGCGCAAGAGGUUUGGUCAGUGCAUCACAAUUUAGGCACACCUCAUUAUGGUCAAAAGGUCAAAAUUGGUACAAAUAUCACCCGACCAGAUGGGAGAUGGUGAAGGGCAUCCAAAACAGGUUGUCCUCCCCACAUCCUAAUAAUAGCAUCCACUGAUGUGGUCAGUCCAGCCUCUUUUCUGUACGCGGUUGCGAAAAGGAAGAGCCCACAUCAAGAACACUUCAAUUAAAACACCUGGGCUUCCAAAAACGUCUCCAAAUUAAGAGAAAUUUUGAAAAAGAUGCAGCAAAUCUGUAUUAGUGGAUGUCCAUAGUGACUGCAGUGAGCGCUGUGUUUAUAUAGUGUUCUGUUUUUGUACUAUUGUUUAGGGCCCAAUGUUAAUGGUAUUUUCUGUGUUUUGUUUUUAUGACGAUUUGUGAUUUUUAUGCAACGUUUUGAGAUUCGUUGUGUUUCCGAUAUGCUGUAUUUUUGCUGUUUUCCGUCCUUUUUCGUAUUUCAGAGGAGUUCGUCGCAAAACACUGAUUGAAAAGUCUAGACUUUUCAUACUGUUCCUUCCUCCACCUCGUGCUUGUAAAGCAUCUGAACUGAACUAUGGACAAGGAAUGAAAAGAAUGGCUAUUUUUCAUGAGAAAUACUUUAAAGAUGAGUCAGAGCUUGUUCAGGGGACCAUCUCGGAGUAUCGGUGCUGAUGCAGCAUCACCUUCCCCUCUUUAUACUGGUCUUUAGUCACAAAAUUAGAUCUUGCAUCACAUCUGAGAUGGAUGUCCUGAACAUGCUCUGCUAUAUACUUCAGCUCGAGUUUUUGCGCAAAAGAUGGCGUCCCUUUAUUUGUGCCUAAUGUUGUGCACUGACCAGCCACUGCAGAAAAGGGAGACGAGGAGAGUGAGCUGAUGUUGUUCGUAUGGUAGCUAUCAGGAUAACUGAGACCAGUUUAUGUGAUUGGGUAGUCCUUUUUUCAGGAGAAAUAAAAAAAAAAGGAUUUGUUUCUUUUUGUAAAAGUUUAUUGGCAAGGCAAUAAGAUAUUUAUGUUGUGAAAAGCUAAACUGAUUUUGUUUCCUUCAUGGAGCUAGUGAAUAUUUGUCAUGUGUUUUACAUAGUCUUAUGCUGGUAAAACUACUAUUUGUGUUAUUUUGAAUACGAAGUAUUACUUUUCUGCUGAUUGCUAGGUUAGUACGUUUCCCCUGUCUUUACCUUUCAGUAGCUCCAGAGAGGGAUUUUGUCCCUCGUUCCUUUGUCCCCUUUAACAAAGUGGAUAAAGGUUGCUCUUAGAUUAGAAAAAAAGGAAAAAACACUUCUCUAUUUGAAAUAGGGACUGUCUGGUUGCAUAAACCGGUGAACUCUCACAAGCUUUACCAUAAAUCUGUCGCUGUGACGUUGCGUAACGUAUUCUAAGAAUCUUUGUCUAUAUGGUGGAGUCUUGAAUUUUAUAUAAAAACCACACACAUAGAAUAUCUUGCAUUAUUUAUAAAACAUUUAAAAAAAAGAAUCUAAAGUUGUUUGAUAUCUCUUUUUUGCAAUUGUACCAAAAGUGGCUUAACUAUUGAAGUUGAUAGCUUUUUCUAGUGACUAGGCGCGUAAAACUGUGGACUAGCGCGUGUGGUGUGACGUGUAAGUGAUAAGGUGAUGGUACUGUUCACUAUUUUUUGGAUGUGACGCUCUUCUGUUCUUAUUUUGGCCAAACCAAGGUGAUGGAACCACGUUACCCACAAUCCUCUAGUUCCCUCCAUGCAGUUGUUUUGGCAAAUAGCAUUUAAUAGAUUUCAGAGGUCACUUAGGCUAUGUUCACAUUACAGGCCUUAUUGCUCAUUGUGCGUCACGACCAUCAAAGAAACUCACUAGCAGCACAAGCCUUCAUCAGAGUGAUAAUUUGCUCUGAAUAGCCUUCAGCUGAUCAUUAUUAGAAUGAGACAAAGGUGAAGAAAGACGCAUUGCUUUUGCAGCAUUUACUGACACUAACUUCAAGUUCGGUGCUACUGCCAUGUUAACGCACAGUGAGGAUGCAUGUGCAGUGUGGGGGGAAAAAACACAUGAAUGCUGAUCUGACUGUUCUCAUCAAGGUCACAUGACCUCAAAUCAGAUAUGUGUCCCUUCUAGGACUUACAUGUAAAGGGGUUCCCAUCUGAUUUAAAAAAUCAGAUCUGUGUCACAUUUAACGAAUGGUUGGGCGAUAAAUCCACUUUUCCACUUGCCCCAGUUGUAGUCAAUCAGUCAAGACGUGUUUGGAGUCCAAAGUAGUUUAGUGCUGAAGUUACCAGGUUAGUGUAGCUAACAUUAGAAGUCAAUAGUCACCCAAAUCUUUUCAUAAGUACAUCCCCAAAGCUUAUUUUAUUACUUCAUUUGUUAUUUAUAAAUUGAAACAACAGAAAUGACUGUGGAAAGUGGCUGCCCCUGGUGUUCAGCUGCAUGGUGUUUUGUUAAUCUUUAUAUUUCACAGUAAUUUAUACUGUGUCCUACAACACAUUGACAAGUACAGCUAGAAGAUUAAUCAUUAUUAUAAAUUGCAAUUGAAAGAAUGCAUUUUUUUAAAUGAAGGCUGCAGUUUUGAUUAUAGCCUAUAUUACACUGUUUAAGUUUUCUGAAGGUUUAAGUUUUAAUCUAAUAAUACAGAGAUUGUGAGCUGCCUGUAAAUUAGUUAGACCAGUCAAAACCAAUUGAACUCUCAUGUGCUGUGCACAGUAUAACCACAACUGACUAGAAGUCUGUUCUUGGCCCAAAAAAAGCAGAUCUGGGCCCUAAAUUAUAAAAAAAAAUGCAAUUUAAUGUUGGUGAGAAAAAUCAUUCCACACAUCAUUCAGCCCUGAAGAGUCUGCAUGACCUUAAUAAAAACCUGGAUGCUUUUUGAGUUGGUUGAGAGGUUUUAGGGAUGUAUUUGUAGAUUUACAACUAUUGACUUCUAUUGUUUGCAUCAUUAGUGCUUGAGCUACAAGGCUAAACUAAAGAAGCAAAAUUUGAACACCAAACAUGUCAUGGCUGAAUAACUACAUCUGGGAUAAGUGGACAACUGUGUAAAUUUGAUUUUUCACCAAACCAUUCCUUUAAAGCAAGAAAAUUGGAUUUGUGCCACUUUGGUAAUGUGAACAUAGCUUUACAGACACAUUCUGCUCCUCCCCAGAAUUGGCCUUUGGGGGUCAGUUAGUUCAAAAGCUGUAUUCGCUUAAUGAGCAAUAGGUAGUAAAUGAACUGAAUGCUCUUAAUCAUAGCUCUUCCUUGUCUAAGGCAUUUUGGAGUGGCCCUUGGUGGUUUAAACUCUACAUCAAGGCUUAAAGGCUGCUGAGUAGCAGCGGUGAGUGCUUUUGUACUCUAAUGCCAAAGGGACUGGACACAGUUUCCUUGACAUCAGCAAGACUGGGUCUUUGUGCCCCAUUUAGCAACAACUAUUCUUACUAGAUUUCUAUUCUACUCCUCUUAUAGAAAAAAAGCAAAGCUAUUAGAGACAAAUUCUCAGGAAAGUGGAACUUCGGCAAGGGUUUGUGGGAUACGAUUAAGGAUCCUGCGGUCUCAUCACCUCUGUUUGAUAAAGUCCUUUUUUUUGUGAUGUGAUUUUUAUAUUUUUGGUGUAAAAUGUUUAUAUGGUAGAUUAUAUUUAAUGUAUUAUGUUGUGUUUUUUUUUUUCUUUGGUUAUUUGUCAUUUUCUUUAAAUGCCAGGGAAGUGACACUGCACUGAUAUCAACGUACAAAAAACAAAAGCAAUGUGUUCUCUUUGCUCCUGUUGUCUUUCAAAAGGAGCCUUCUGCUUUAUACUUGCGCUAAAGGAUUCCAGCAGAAGGUUCUGUGUUGGAGUGCUGAGUGCCUCCCUGGUACUGCCACUGAAUGCUCUUUGAACCGCAGGUUGAGGGAGUGCUACAGAAGUAUUUUGUAGCGGAUCUCGAAAAGAAAUACCUUAAAUGAUUUGGUGGAAGGUCAUGCCUUUUAGUCUAUGCUAAGAAAAUGUUAUACAAGCACUGUACGCGGUAAUGGUACUGAAAUCUUUUGAUUUUUUUUUUUUUUUGUGUUUUCAUGUCAUAAAAAUGUUAAGCUGUUUAACGUUAAACCACCCUGAUUAGCUCAAUUAGGCCUUAGAAAGCCUCACACCAGCCAAAAUCAUAAUUUUUUUCAGCCCUGACCAGCUCAAACUGUACAUUUACAUUAUGAAAUACUGUCUUCAGAGUUUGGAUUCUUGGCUAAGCCAGCUCCAGCCUUGAGGGCCACAGUCUAGCACAGUUUCAGUGCUCUAACACAGCCGAUUCACCUCAUGAAGGGCUUCAUAAUGAGAAGAUGAACUGAACCGGGUGUGUUACACUUUGAAACAUGCAGUGGCUCUGCAGACUUGGGUUAAACCCCCCCCCCGCGGAGCAUUUCACGAAGCAGGAUUGCUCGGUAAGCUAGAUAAUGUAAGCCCAAAAUUGAGGACUGUCUGAUAGAAAUGUCUCCUAUCUUCUAGUACUGGACAGCCUUAACUUUGGGCUGAAGUUAUACGGCUGCUUUGUGAAAUCCACCCAUUUUCUAGCAGGCACUGUAAGCAGAGCUGAGUGACAAUCCAAACAGAACCACACAGCUACUGUCCUUAAAUCUACAAUCAGAAACCUGUUUAUUUAAUUUUUUUUUUAUGUAUUUGCAUAUCCACUGGGCAAUAUGAUCAUAACCUGAACUAAGAUCUACUAACAAUUUUUGGCAAACGUGAGUAAAGCUAGAAACAUGGCAACUUGAAACAGCCCCAAAAGGAUGCUAUCGCUAAAUGCACUGACUGUAACUUUAAUACACAGAAACUCUGUUUGAAUGGCUUUGGCUAUAUUAUGGAAGUGUUUUCUUAACAUUGAUUUUUCGCAGUAAGAGCCAGGUCAGGCUUUGCUUGCAUUGAAGUGGAAAUCAGCACAUGCUGUUGUGGGUGGGUGGGUGGGUGAGUGGGGUACUAUCAGGCCUUAUACAUUUUGAGCUCCUCUCAAAGCUGCACUUAUCUGGCAUUUAGGUUUGGAUACACAUUGUAGGUAUAUUUAUAUGGAUUUUUUUAAUCAAUGUAAAUCAAGAAAAUGAACUUCCUCUGACUGGUUAAUCUGUGAAAUUGUUCUGUAAUGGAGUCUUUUUGGUCCAUUUUGGCGUUGCUUUCGUAACCAAUGGUAGCGUUCUCCUAUUGGCUGUGGCAGUUCUGUGGCGUUGUCCGACAUAAUGUGAGCAGUGUGUUUUAAGGGUUAAAAAUAAUUCUACUAGCUUACUUAGUGAACAGUGGCGUGCUCCUCGUUGAAGUGCUUGUGUUCCAGGUAGCGCCACCGCGCCUAACUAUUAACACUCCUCCUCUUCCUUUCUUCAUCUUCUCUUCCCACUGCGGGAGAGGACGAGUGGCUUGGCUUGUUCACGUACGUCAUUGUUGUCGUCGUCUUGGUGACUUGGUGUAGAAGUAAACGUAUGAAUUAUAUGCAAAUAUAGCGUGCAGUAGGGAGGGCCCAUGGUAGGAUGUAUUUUUUUUAAUCUUUAUUUUGUCCUUGCAGUUCAGUUACCACAAAGAUUUUCCUUUCAGAUUUUCUGUAUUAGUCUACUUUCACUGAAGAUUAAACAUGUCUCAUCUAAUAUACAUUAGAAAGUUAAACAAUCAUUAACAUUUACCUCAACAGUUGAGUUUUCAGGAGCUAUAUCAUAUAUUCAUACAUCUUACUACCGCUUUGAUUAUAGAUAUUACAUUUACGAUAGUGCUUUGUCCCAGUAACCAAAGGCAAUAGUAAUUAAAGGGGAAUUCCACUGACUGUUCAAAUUUUCUGCAUAAUUCAGGGCUUGAGAUGUGAAGUCAUUCAAAGUGGUUUGGUGAUUUCUUUGAACUCUGAUUUCUUUGCAGUGGUGGUGAUGGGCACCAGGGGUCGGGAUGUCUACAAUGCAAAUAUUGUAUUUACUUUCCAAAGUGACCAGUGAAUCUUCAUGAGUUGUUGAUCAAGAUAAAAUAGUGAUAAAUCUGGAAAAAAAAUUCUUUGGAAACUGUUAUGCCUUGUGGUUUAAAAAAAAAAAUCUCAAAACUUGCAUAAAAUAAUGACUCGUGCAUCAGGCAGCAUGUGUGUAAUCGUUUCAUGUAGUCUUUCUGUGAGGGAGCUCUUUCAGACAUCUGGUUCCUGUCACCAGCACUGUGAAUAAUUUUCACUUGGUGAGUUUCUCUAAAACAAAGCGUUUCACAUCCAACCACCCUGAAUGACACUGUACACAUCUUAAUGACUUGAUUAUGCAGAAAAAUCAUUGGAAAUCCCCUUUAAAAGCAAAGUGAGACAAUCCUGGGAACAGCAGGCAGAACUGGCUUGAAUAUUAUGGUGAGAACAACCAGCAGCUUGUAUUUAGAUGACCCCCAGCCAAGCCAUGGCCUGCUCUUUGUCAGCAGAUCAAUAGGAAGCGAUGGGCUGAGCAAGCGCAGUCUAGUCUCAAGUGUCCAGUUUUGUUGCUGGGCGCACUGUGGGCACUACCCUAAAAAUGCAAGACUUUGUCCUACUUCUUCCCGAGUGUGACUAUUAGUGUGGUAACCACGCUGUGCUACACUGAUACGUUGUAUUGAAUGACUUCUAUUCGUUCUUGCCUCGCUGAUAGCCCAGAUGUGUUUCUGGUCUGCCACGAUCCCCAUAGAGUUUUACUUUAGGCCUCCUGGGACGAGCAUUAAGAGGUUUCAUUUCUGAGCAAAGACAAAUGAGUCUGAAACCUUCAAAGAGGCUUUGCGUUCCUGUCUCUCGUUAAGGUUUAACCAAGAAACCCAGUUUUCUUCCCCCCUCGACUUCUGACUGCCACGCUUGUUUUCAGACGUUUAAAUGAUUAACUUCUUAUCACACUGCUAUUGCAACUGUUAACGUCUUUGCCGUUCCUGUUUUGGAUGUGCUUAUCACACCACAUGACUUUUCUUCCAGUUGCAUGACUCGUAAAUCAAUACAACAAGGACCCCCAAGUAAGAUUUUUUUUUUUUUGUAUCUUUUGUAUUGAUGGCACUGUUGUGCUUCUUUCGGCUUGUCAGCUUUCUAAUAGACAUGCAUAAUUUCAAUGCAAGAUCAGUUUGUAUGCAGCACUUGGGAGAACUAAGUUUGUUUCUGUUUCAUAGACCAAUGUUUGUUUGUUUGUUUGCUUGUUUUUCUUUUUUUUUUUUUUUCUCCCCUCACUUGAACCACAUUGUCCAUAUCUACCGGUGAGCUGAAGACUGCAAACGACUAACCUGAUUAUAGAUCAUAGGAGCAAUGUUUUCGAUGUUGUCCCAAAGUAUACAGUGAGAAAUUUCAAGCUAUAAAAUUGUGAGUUUAUGACCAUGGAAAGUAACACUUUUGUCUAUAUAAAAAAAGAAUCUGUUCUGUUUUUUUUCUGUAUGGGGUGUAAUAAAUUCUAUCACAGUACUUUGUAUGGGAAAUAUACAUACAGUAAAAGUCCAUUUAAUUGUAAGUAUUUAUCAACUAAGUUAUUGUACUUUUUGCAAUUUGUAGAUAAGUAAUAUAAUGUAUUGGUAUAUAACAAUGAAAUUAACUGUAUCAGUCAGUCUGGGGCGUCUUUUAAUUUAUUGAUGUAUAUACUGUAUGUUUGUUGAUAUACAGCUUACUUUAUUUUGUAUAUGACCAAUAAAUACAUUUUGAAAAACA